AUGGCUUAUGAUUUAGGAUUUGUUGUGGUAAUAGUAAGAUCUGACAUAGCUACUGGUGUACGGGGAAGAAAAACGUUCGUCAUACUUGGAUGUGAAAGAGGGGGGAAAUAUAGGAAAUACAAAGCUGAUGCAGUGGCUAGUGUAUACGGCACUCGUAAAUGUGAAUGUCCGUUUAGAUUAAAGGGUAAACCAUGUUCAGAUGGGGCCGGAUGGGUGUUGAAGGUGAUGUGUGGACAUCACAACCAUGAGUUAGCUGAAACUUUAGUUGGUCACCCUUAUGCUGGCAGGUUAAAUACGAGUGAGAAGUCAUUACUGGAUAAGUACAUUCACUGGAGUAGGUGUGCUGAUGAUUCAGAGGUUGUUACUGACUUGUUUUGGACACAUCCUGAUGCGCUGAAAGGUUUAUUUUUAACAUCUGAGGGUGGUCCUAAAGUCAUUGUCAUUGACCGAGACUUGGCUUUGAUGAAUGCCAUAGCAAAUGUAUUUCCUGAGUCAUAUCAGAUGUUAUGUCGGUUCCACAUCCUUAAAAAUGUUAAAGCUAAAUGCAAAAUGUUAGUUCAUUCUACUGAGGUUUGGGAAGUGUUGAUGGAUGCAUGGGAAAAUGUGAUGGAUUGUGUUGAUGAAAGCUUGUUUGCUGAGUAUGUGAAUGGUUUUCAAUACGCAAGCAGUUCAUGGCCUUUGUUCUUUGAAUAUGUCAAUCAGACUUGGAUUAUUCCGUACAGCACAUACUUUGUAAAGUUUUGGACGAACAAAGUAAUGCAUUUAGGGAACACAACCACAAAUAGGGCUGAAUCUGCUCAUUGGAGCCUGAAGAAAGUUCUGGGCAAUAGUAUGGGUGAUUUGUGUUCUUGUUGGGAUAAUAUUCAUAACGUCAUUAUCGUACAACACAACAAGAUUAAGGCGUCAUUUGAAAGUAGUUUAUUGCUCACGAGUGACCAUUUUAAAGGCUACACAUAUAGAGAACUUAUUGGACGUGUGUCUCGAUAUGCAUUGGAUCUCAUUGCUAAGGAAUUGAAAAUAGUGCAGCAGAUAGGAUUGAACUCCUCAAAAUUGCAUUUCUCAAAUGUUGAAUUAAAUGAAACUGAGCCUCAGUUAUCCAUUAAAGAUGAGUUGAAACAAGUAGAAGAACGAUUCAAUGAGGUUGACGUUGGCGGUAAAGUCACCAUCAAGCAGAAGUUACUUGAGAUUGUUUGUCCUACAUUGACAUCAAUGGUCCCUCUAUUACAUAAAGUCAAGACAAAGGGUGCACAAAAAAGUAAAGUUAAACGAAGUGAAAGGUCUACUACACGGGAUCCAUCAUAUUUUGAGUAUGUGGACGCCUUUCAUUCAACCAUAGAAUCUUCAUCUAUGAGAAGUAAAUUACAGUCAAAGCCAAAAGCAAUGAAGAAAAGGAGAGUUCCAAUGAUAGACCAGUUUCAUUCUACUACUCACCCCUUCAUUGUGGACGUUGUUGAUGUUGUGGCUGAUGGUCACUGUGGGUAUAGAUGCAUUGCUGCGUUGUUGGGACUCGGAGAAGAUUCAUGGCCCGUUGUCAGGAAUGAGUUGUACAAAGAACUCAGUGCAUGGCGUGAUGAAUAUGCAAGCCUAGUAGGAGGCUAUGAUAGACUAGAAGAACUGAGGAACUCUUUGUUGGUGCAAUCACUGUCGACGGCUAACAUGAGCAAGUGGAUGACAUUGCCAGACAUUGGUUAUGCAAUUGCUAACCGAUAUAACGUUAUCUUAGUGUGUUUGUCAUACUCUCAAAAUUAUACUAUCUUCCCACUACGUUCCACACCACCUUCUGAUAUCACUCAACAUCGCUUAAUUUGUAUAGGACAUGUUCAUGGAUGUCAUUUUGUGCAGGUUAAGCUACAAGAAGGUUGUCCGUUGCCCACGGUGAAUAUCAUAUCCUCAACCCACUGUUAUCCUGAGGCACGAGCGUGGUCAUCUAUUUAUACUAGUAGGAUGCAUGCAUUUGAACAGUUGAUGGACAUAACAACAUCUUAUGUUGACUUAAGUGAUUCAUGA